AUGGAGAAAUUAACAAUAGAUCAUUUUACACUCUUAAAAGUAAUUGGAAAAGGCUCAUAUGCUAAAGUAGUACUUGUGAAAAAAAAUGAUAAUAAGGAAAUUUAUGCUAUGAAGAUUUUAAAGAAAAAAAAUAUUGAAAAAAGAAAAUAAGAAGACCAUGUCUUAGGGGAAAGAAACAUCCUAGUGGAAGUAAAACAUCCCUUUAUCAUUAAAAUGUUUUAUGCUUUCAAAAAUGAUGUGAAAUUAUACUUUGUUCUUGAAUAUUGUUCAGGAGGAGAGUUAUUUAAUUUAUUGUAAAAGCGUAAAGUAUUCACAGAAGAUCAAGCAAGAUUCUACGCUGCACAAAUUGUUUUAGCUCUUGAACACUUACAUAAUCAUGAUAUCAUCUAUAGAGAUCUCAAACCUGAGAAUGUCUUGAUUGACGCAUAAGGUUACAUCAGAAUCACCGACUUUGGACUGUCCAAAAGAAAUGUAAAAGGUACAAAAGAUGCUCAAAGUGUGUGUGGUACUCCUGAGUAUUUGGCUCCUGAAAUUUUAUUAAAAUCUGGCCAUGGCAAACCAGUGGAUUGGUGGACCUUAGGAGCAAUAAUUUAUGAGAUGCUUUCAGGAUUUCCUCCAUUCUAUACUUAAAAUAGAGAGGAAUUAUUUGAAAGCAUCAAAUUUGCAUAGUUAAAAUAUCCAGUUAGUUUAACACCAGCAUGCAAAUCCUUAUUAGAGGGAUUAUUUUCUAAGAAUGCAGACAAAAGAUUGGGAAGUAAGGGAGCUUAAGAAAUCAAGGAUCACCCUUGGUUUUUAAAUGUAAAUUGGGACACUUUGUUGAAAAAACAAUAUAAGCCCCCCUUCAUCCCCUUGGUGAAGAGUGAAGUUGAUGUUUCAAACUUCGAUCCUGAAUUUACUGAAUAACCAUUAGAAUCACAUGAUCCAAAUUCGCUAUCGAUUGGAGGUGAAAGCAUUGGUUAAAAAUAUUAAGAUUUUACUUAUGAUGCUAAAUUGGAAUGAGAUAUCAUCAUAAAUAUUAAAAUAUAUUAAAUGUGCUAGGAUAAAGUAGAGUCUAUAAAACUC